GAAAUACCCCCAACAAACAAACACACAGACAGUAAACGAGCGAUGCUGCGCGGCCUCGUCAAGGACGAAAAGCUCACCGUGGAGCAGGAGCAGCACAUCGGUGAACUGCAGGACGAAAUUGAUGAGAUUUGGAACCGUCGCGGCAGCUACCAAGUUGACCCCGACGCGUGGGAGGACAUGCCCUUCUUCAUGGAGCACAUCAGCGAGGAGGACAUCGCCAAGAAUGAGAGCUGUGCCGCCCUCGCCUCGAUCGUGUACGACGAGGUGCCGCCGGACGAGAUCGCAGAGAACCGCAAGGAGCACGGCAACCGUGCGCUGAACCUAGCGCUCAACCCGAAUCAGGAGCGGCGUGAGAACCUCGCGCGUGCGGCGUGUUCGAGCUACACCGAGGCUCUGCAGGCCAAAGGCAAGGACCCAAAGCUCACCUCCACCAUCUACGCCAACCGCAGUUUAGCGCAGUACAUCAUUGGCAACUACGGCCACGCGCUGGAGGAUGCGCAGCGUGCCAUCGUACUGAACCUGGACUACCGCAAGGCGUAUUACCGCGCCGCGAAAAGCGCUCUGGCCCUGAAGAAGUACGACAUGGCGCUCCAGCUGCUGGCCAAAGGCCGUCAGAUCAGCCAACCGCCGAUCGAUGCAGCGGCGACGGCCGAGUUUGCCGAAUUGGAGGCCCUCUGCACGCAGGGACGGGAGAAGAAGAACGCUGCGGACGCCAAACUGAACCGUACGGUGCGAGUGCAGGCCGCGAAGGUAUCCAACGUCGCCCGUGCGAUCACCUCGGCUGGCAUUAGAAUGUCGGGUAGGGGAGAGGUCACCAGCGAGCAGAUGGGCGUCUACGGCGAUCCGAAGCCCUACUUCGACACGGAAGGCCUUCUCCACGUGCCGCUUCUCUUCAUGUACGACGAGUACCAACAGACAGACAUCAUGCACGACGUGGCGUGUGAUGUCUGCGCGGCGGAGCUGCUGGACGAGCUGAUGCCGUUCCCGUGGGACGACCGUGGCCGUUACCAGAAGUUUGACGACAUCAUCGUCUUCUACAAGAUCGACGAUGGCGUAAAGGAGCCGGAGUACUACGAGUUGCAUCAGGGGUGGCCGCUGAUCGAGGUGUUCCGUAGUGAGACAUACCAGAUGCCUCAGCUCAUGCCGGUGCUUCACGUGAUCUGCAAGUCUAGCGAGCUCGUGGAGCGCCUGAGGAUUCGACGCGUGGAGUGA